AUGACACCCACCGCAAGCCAGCUCGAAUCCAACUCCUCCGCCGCAGACCGGCUCGCCCACCAAAAGGAAAUCCAGCGCAUGCGCAGCCGCGAGAUCCUCGACGCCCACGACCUCGCCGCGCAGCAGCAGCAGCAGCAGCAUGCCGCCGACCCUUCCACCCUCUCGGUCGCAGAGACUCUCCAGCAGGUCGUUGAGCUCAACGCAGCCUCUUCGGCCGCAAACGUCGCCUCGGUCUCCUCGGCCACCGACUUCCACGACCCGUGCGGCCCAUUCGAGGGGCCCGAGAAGCUCCUCGAGCUCUGGUUCGCAGAGGAGCCCGCAGACGUGCAGCGCUGCGCCUGGCAGGACCACGACGCGCGGCAGGGCCACUUUGGCCUCCGCUCCGUCCCCAAGGCCGUGUGGGAGACGAUGCUCGACAUUGUCAAGUGCAAGGUCCUCAGCGUCAUCGAGGGCGCCGAGGUCGACGCCUACCUCCUCAGCGAAUCGUCGAUGUUUGUCUUCCCGCACAAGCUCAUCCUCAAGACUUGCGGCACCACGACGCUCCUUCUGGGCCUCGAGCGCCUUCUCGAGAUUGCCAACCGCGCGCUCUCGUCGCUCCACCGCUCGACCGCCAAGCUCGUCAGCCUCGACGGCGAUGGCGCCGCCAGCGGCAGCGGUGAUGCAUCGGCGUCGGCUUCGGCGUCGGACAGCGCCGAGCGGCGCCUGGGCUCGUCGGUGGUGCACGCCUUCUACAGCCGCAAGAGCUUCAUGUUUCCGGAGCGGCAAAAGGGCCCGCACCGCGACUGGAUGCUCGAGGUGGCCGUGCUGGACCGCUUCUUUGACUUUGGCGCGGCCUACACGGUGGGCAAGAUGAACGGCGACCACUGGCUGCUCUGGAUGGGCUGCGAGGGGGCGCGCGAGGCCGAGGCGCCGUCGUCGCCCGCUGCGGCCGCGCCCUACUCGGCCUCGCUGAGCGUCGAGCGCCCGCUGCGGCUGCCCACGCCGUGCGUCGAGGACCAGACGCUCGAGAUCCUCAUGACGCACCUGUCGGCGGCGUCGUGCGGGCGGUUCGUGUUUGACGAGGGGCUGCCGCACCCGACGCGCGGCGAGUGCUACCCGUCGCAGUUUGCGUCGGCGUCGGCGGCCGGGUACGACGAGCCGGCGCUGGACCUGGACAAGGGCCACGCGCUCGGGCUGGCGCUGUCGAACCGGCUGCGCCUGACGGACCUGUUCCCGUCUACGCAGCUCGACGCGUUUGCGUUUGAGCCGUGCGGCUACUCUGCCAAUGCCGUCAUGCCUCGCCGCGGCAAGACGGACCAGGCGGGAUACUGGACCAUCCACGUGACGCCCGAGGAGGAGAGCAGCUACGCCAGCUUCGAGACCAACGUUGCUCUACUCCCGUCCUCGUCGCAGCAACACCGAGAGGAAUCGUGUUGGUCGAUGGAGGGGACGCCUACGACGCUACCGCAGCUGGUAUCGCGGGUGGUAUCGACGUUUGAGCCGGGCAAGCUGUGCGUUACGCUCUUUGUGGCGACGGCGGGGGAGGGAGCGAGCGAGCGCGAAAAGCAAGAGGUCGAUUCCAACGGCAACGAGCUGCAUCGCCUGCUCCUCAAGGGAUACAAGAGGACGGAUCGAAUCGCCUACGAGUUUGAGAGGUACGACUUGGUCUUUGUCAGUUUUGAAAAGAGGUGA